AUGACUGCCACUCUGAAAUUUGAGCUCGACGAUGCCUACAUCGUCCUCCCCCACCCCUCCACCUCUACGCACUCGGCCCCGCUCCUGGAGGAUGACACCCCUGCCAACUCCGUCCCCGGCUCGCCUGCCUCCUCCAUGGCCAUGACCUCGCCCGAGCGAACCCUCUCCUUCGGCGGCGUCUCCAUUGCCUCGACUUUGCCCUCCUCUGCGGCCUCCGUCCGCUCCUCCUUCGAGGCCGAACAACCUAUCUUGACCUCCGGCUCUUCUUCCUCCCCCUCGUCCUCGACUGUCCCCAACCCGGCCACGACCAUCCUAAAGGGCAAGCUGACCCUGUCCCUGACCAAGCCCACCAAGGUGACCUCGCUCGCCAUCUCCCUCAAUGGUUCAACCCACAUCGCGUUCCUGGGAGCGGGCAAGCGCUCCCAUUACUCCCGUCAUCACAUUCGCUCGCAAACAUUCCUGAUCGAGCCUCGUCCCCAGUCGGACCUGUACACCCUCCUGAGCACGGACUCCAUCACCUACCCGUUCGCGAUCGAAGUCCCCAACCACUUGCCUCCCUCCGUCACCACACCCCAGGGUGGCACCAUCUACCGAUUGACCGCCGUCUUGACCCUGGCCAAGAGCGCCGGGAUCAUGUCGUUCCUCUCCUCAGGUUCGACCUUCACGGCUUCGACCACCGUUCAAAUCUACCGUGCACCUCGGUCUCGCUGCUUGCUUUUAGAGGCCGCGGUCCUGCAGGAUGCAGGAGAAUAUACCGAGGAGGAGGAAGAAGAAGGCCAGAUCGAAGGCGAGUCUCAGGCAGGACCAAACGAUGCUGUGGAUGAGAAUGACCUGAUGCCUGUGACGGUCCAUCAUUCUUGGCCGGGUCAAUUGGAAGCGACGGUCAACAUUCCCUUCACGAACCUGCCUCCUCAGUCCAAGCCCGAUCUGCGCCUUCGCGUCCGCGUUCUGCGAGAGAACAUGGCCAUCAAGUCCUUCCAGGCUGCGCUUUGGGAGCGGGUCAUUUUCCGGGUCCAGAAGGAGAGCGCUGGACCCAGGGAUAAGAAGCACAUCGUCGGGAUCCGUGAGCGAAUCGUCAGCGCCCAGCGAUGCGAUGCUGGAUGGGUAAACGAGGUCAUUACUUCGCAGGUACCGCACACGUUUGAGAAGGUUGUGCUGUUCUCGAUCCCAAAAGCGACUCGAUCCCACGAUGAUUUGUAUUCAUCCCGCUCCUGCAACGCCUCGACCUACACCAGUGUUACAAAGCUAAAGAGGCGCCACCUCAAGGAGGAUACGGAGAUUAAGGAUUCGGAGUUUGGCGAGGUCUUCAUCGAGGUCCAGCAUUUUAUCCGAUAUUCCCUCUUUGUCACUGGAUCCGUCGACACCAAAGGCAAGACCAUCCUGGCCCCCGUCGAGCGCACGCUUGGAGAUGUACCGGUGAUUGUGCGUGGAUUGCCCAGUGGACCAGAGUGCGACAGGACAGGAUUACCCUCGUAUCUGUAUUCGUUCUCGACCUCGCGUGUCUCGUACGAGGAAGCUCACGACUAUGAGCUGGAGGCGACAGGCAUGGCCCUUGGAAGCGAAGGAGGCGAGCCUGCAUAUGAUGGCCCCAGCACCCCAGGCCCAAUCUAUGGUGAUUAUGAGAACGACGACGCGUUUAUGGCGAUCAUGGGUUAUCGCGGCAGUCGCACUCCUCCCAGCUACGAGGACAGCAUCGGCCGACCAUCGUUAGAUUCAUCAAUCUCUGAGCUGCAGAACUUACGACUGUCAUCAACACACCCCGGAUUCGACAUUGCAGCGAAUGAACAGGGCUCCAACAGUGUUCUUGGGCUUACUCGAUGA